GCCACACAGUGAAACCCGUCAUCACGCAAACACUCUCCGGCUUGUUGGAAAGGCGACUUCUGGUGGACGUUCGACACACACACUCACAGGUGCACCAAAGCCUCCGGUAAAUCGGGCACUAACGCGUUGGUUUCUACUCUGGCGGACGCUGUUUUGGACCAGGGAUCGACCGGGAAAGCAUGAGUGAGAGCACCAGGGUGCGGCAGCAGCGACCGAGGGGAGAGCGGCUCGCUUUGGCGGAGCUUCUGCGCAUUUGCUCUUUUGUAUUUCCUUGAUGAGUGUUGUGGACAUUUUGGAUUCUCCCCUCCUCACUCUCGGCUUUUCACUGCACUGUUCCCCCAAAUCAAAUGCAUCAAUGCCGAAUCUAAUGGACCGGAUCAGGUAACGAUCAUCGGUAAUCGGGGUUAAACAAACCACUUUUCCCGUGUGGGAACCGAGCGGAACCGUAAACAACUUCUGGAGAGCCACGGUGGCUCGGUGCAGAAGGCUCCUAGCAGGCUAGCUCCCAGGAGCUCUCUCUCCAGCUUGGACCACAGCAAGUCUACCACCGUUCUCAAGACCGAACCACCCAGGAAAAACGAAAGGCGAAUGUCCACCGAUCGUGAGCCAUCUGGAGUAUAAUCCCCUGGUCCGGGUCCGGACAGCAUCAGCGGUGUUUGGAUUACCACACUUGUCUCGCCUGCCAUACUUUGGGACCAAGGGGCUUAAAUCAUAAAUGACACGGUGGUCCCCGGUGCUGUGCCCCCCCUGACGUCGUCUCCGUGCCCCCCCGCCCUCCCCCCUCCCCCCCGCCCCGCGCCCCAGGAUGUCCAAGCGGAACCUGUUUGUCCGUCUGGUGCCAUGCCGAUGCCUGCGAGGCGAGGAGGAGCCCGUCACCUCGCUGGACUACUCCCACUGCAGCCUGGAGACGGUGCCCAAGGAGAUCUUCGGCUUCGAGAAGAGCCUGCAGGAGCUCCACCUCGAUGCCAACCAGAUCGAGGAGCUGCCCAAACAACUGUUCAACUGCCAGUUGCUGCAGCGGCUGAGCAUGCCAGAUAAUGACGUGACGGUGUUGCCGUCGGCCAUCGCUAACCUCAUCAAUCUCAGGGAGCUAGACGUCAGCAAAAACAAUAUCCAAGAGUUUCCAGAGAACAUCAAGAACUGCAAGGUCUUGACCAUCGUGGAGGCCAGCGUGAAUCCCAUAUCCAAGCUGCCAGAUGGCUUCACCCAGCUCCUGAGCCUGACCCAGCUCUACCUAAACGAUGCCUUCCUGGAGUUCCUGCCAGCCAGCUUCGGCAGGCUGACGAAACUGCAGAUCUUGGAGCUGCGAGAGAACCAGUUAAAGAUGUUGCCAAAAAGCAUGCACAAACUCACCCAGCUGGAGAGGCUGGACCUAGGGAGCAACGAGUUUACUGAAGUGCCUGAGGUGCUGGAGCAGCUGAGUGGGAUCAAGGAGCUGUGGAUGGACUGCAACCGGCUCACCUUCCUACCUGGGAUGAUUGGCAUGCUGAAGCAGCUGGCCUACCUGGACGUGUCCAAGAACAACUUGGAGAUGGUGGACGAGCAGAUCUGUGGCUGUGAGAGCCUGCAGGACCUCCUGCUGUCAAACAACGCCCUCACAACGCUACCCGGCUCCAUAGGCUCCCUUAAGAAACUCACAGCUCUCAAGGUGGAUGAGAACCAGUUGAUGUAUUUGCCGGACUCCAUCGGAGGGCUCAGCUCCCUGGACGAGCUGGACUGCAGCUUCAACGAGAUCGAGGCGCUGCCCGCCACCAUCGGGAACUGUGUCCACAUCCGGACCUUCGCCGCCGACCACAACUUCCUCACCCAGCUGCCCUCUGAGAUUGGCAGCUGGAAGAAUAUCACUGUGCUCUUCCUGCACUCCAACAAGCUGGAGUGUCUGCCCGAGGAGAUGGGCAACAUGCAGCGCCUCCGUGUGGUCAACCUCAGCGAUAACAAGUUGAAGAAUCUCCCCUACAGCUUCACCAAGCUCAAUCAGAUGACUGCUAUGUGGCUCUCGGAAAACCAGUCCAAGCCCCUGAUCCCCCUGCAGAAGGAGGAGGACCCUGAGACCCAUCACACGGUGCUCACCAACUACAUGUUCCCCCAGCAGACCCGGGCCGAGGAGUACACCCCCAACUCUGACACGGAGAGCUUCAACCCGUCGCUGUGGGAAGAGCAGAGGAAGCAGAGAGCCCAGGUGGCCUUCGAGUGUGACGAGGACAAGGACGAGAGGGAGAUGCCCCCCAGGGAGGGGAACCUGAAGCGCUACCCCACCCCGUACCCAGACGAGCUGAAGAACAUGGUGAAGACGGCCCAGUCCGUGGCCCACCGCCUCAAGGAGGACGAGGCCGGAGAGGGGUCCGGCAGGGACGGCCGCCCCCAGGAGAGGAACCACAUCGGCAUCCAGGACGUGGGCGUCAAGGUGAUUGAGGCCCCCAGCGCCAACGGCCAGGCCGUGGACGCGGAGCCCAUCUCCCACGCCGACGACUCCACCGCCCCCAAGGACAGCUCCGAGUCCUACAGCUCCCAGAAGACCCCCUACAAGUCCUCGGACCCCUCCAUGAUGAGGCACGAGGACACGCUGGAGGACUCUGAGGAUCUGUCUGAUGAAGAGGAGGAGAUGAAGGUGGCGGAGAUGAGGCCGCCCCUCAUUGAGAUCUCCAUCAACCAGCCCAAAGUGGUGACCCUCAGCAAGGACAAGAAAGACGACGGGAAGGACGCCGACUCCCUCCUGGACGACACGGUCGCCAACAGCAACCAGAACAACAGCAACUGCUCGUCGCCGUCGCGCAUGUCGGACUCGGUCUCCUUGACGACGGACAGCAGCCAGGAGAACUCCCUCUGCACCCCCGAGAAGGAGGCCAAGAUGCCCUUCUUGCCCAAGAGCAGGCUGGAGGACGAGAACAUGAACCCGGCCAAGGAGACGUCGCCGUUCCUCCACAACGGCAACGGCUCGGCCUCGUCCUUGCAGGCGGCGCUGCGCUCCCAGCGCGCCCUGCCCCCCGGCCCGCUGGGCGACUACGACCUGUCGGUGGAGGCCCGCCUCUCCUUCCUGAAGAGGGGCGUGGACGAGGUGAACAACGGCGCGGUGGACGGCUACACGCGCUGGGACCAGAUCAACAUGAACGUCUCCCUGCCGCCGCCGCCGCCGCCCGCCACCGACAACGUGGGGCGUCCCGACGACCCGGCCAGGUACACCCGCGGCCAGUCGCAGGCGGACGAGGGGCGCGGUCACUACGGCAACAACAACAACAACGGGGAGCCCCUGGAGAACGGCGGCCGGCGGGGCGUCGGCGAGCGUCUGAACGGAGUGGGGGGUGGCGUGGACGCGUCCCUCUCGCGCAGCACGGAGGAGCUGUCCCCCGAGAAGCGGCUCCUGGCCCCGCCCACGGUGGCGAAGGCGCAGAGCAUCGGCAACAUGGAGAGCGGCGGCGGCGGCGGCGGCGUGGGGAUGAGGCUGUACUCCAUCGACGCCGGUGUCCGUGACGACGCCUGCGACGGGCAGGCGACCGGCCGGGCGAUGAUGAUGGAUGCGGCGGCGGCGGCUCAGGGCCAGAGCAUCGUCCGGAGCAAGUCGGCCUCGCUGCUCAACGAGCAGAACCUCCAGGUGUACCCGGGCUCCUCGUCCUCCUCCUCGGACCUCCUCGCCGCCAACAAGCCCGCCGCCGCCGCCAGCAGCAGCAGCAGCCGGUACCCCGUGGCCUCCAGCAUGGCCCUGGGCCUGCCCCCCCCCCAGUACAACAUCCAGUACUCCAGCGGCGGCCAGCCCCCUCCCGCGGGCCCCAAGGACGGCCUCUGGACCCAGCGGACCGCCGUCCCCCCCGAGCUCCAGGGCUACCCCGCCGGCCCCCCGCCGCCGUCGCAGCAGCAGCAGCAGCAGAACUCCCUGGCCAACACCAACUACUCCAACCGCAACCAGGCGCUGCCGCCCGGCUACCCGGCGCGGGCCCCCGGGGACAUGUGGGCCAAGGACCGGCUGCAGCCCUCCGGCCCCUCCUCGGGGGGCCCCCCGGGGCCCGGCCGCAGCAGCACCCUGCAGCGGCAGAGCAGCGGCUCCUCGGCCGUCUCCAUGGGGCGCUACCAGCUGCCCGAGGGCGAGUACAUGACCUACCGGGACAUCCACACGCUGGGCCGGGGCCCGCUGGCCAUGAGCCACGCCCUGCAGCGGCCCCUGUCGGCGCGCACCUACAGCAUGGACGCGCCGGCCUCGGCGCGGCCCCCGGGCGGCCGGCCCCCGCCCCAGGACCACCUGCUGCCCGAGCGGACCAUGUCGGUCAGCGACUUCAACUACCAGCACCUCAGCCCCAGCAAGAGGCCCGGGGGACGCGUGCGCUCGGAGCACUCGCUGCUGGACGGGGGCCCCCUGCUGGGGCCCGGGUCCCGGGGGCCCGUGCCCACCGACUGGAGGGACCAGGUGAUGAGGCACAUCGAGGCCAAGAAGAUGGAAAAGAACGCGCUGUCUCGGUCCUAUAAUUCGGCUCACGCCCCGCUGGGCUGGUCUCACCACCACCAGCACCCGGGCGGGGGCCGUAGGGCCAUGCAUGCCAGCCAGGGCUCUCUGCUCAGUAGUCCGCGGGACGGCCUGUCCCUCGGACCCUCGGGUUUCUGCGACGACGUGUUCAGCAUCCCGGGCCAGCAGAGUUACACCCUGGACCCUCACAGAAACGUGCCUCUAGUGAACGGCCAGAUGGGCCCAGGCCCGGCCCUGCGUCCCAACCUGAGCCAGAACUCCAUGGCGCGCCACCCGUCCCGCGAGCAGCUCAUCGACUACCUGAUGCUCAAGGUGUCCCAGCAGCCCGGACAGCCCGGACCGCACGGCCCCCCGCGCAUGCCCCAGGAGGCCCUCCAGGAGAUGUGUGUGAAGGUGGAGAAGAGUCCGGAGCUGGGCUUCAGCAUAUCGGGUGGAGUGGGCGGGCGAGGAAACCCCUUCCGACCGGAGGAUAACGGGAUCUUCGUGACCAGGGUCCAGACAGAGGGGCCGGCCUCCAAGGUCCUUCAACCUGGCGAUAAGAUUCUCCAGGCGAACGGCUACAGCUUUGUGAACAUCGAUCACGGGUACGCGGUCUCCCUCCUGAAGACGUUCCCAAGCACUGUGGACCUGAUCAUCCUGAGAGACAUGCUGUCAUAGGGUCGCCGGGUGCAGCCCCGCCCACCGCCUGAACACUUGACGAGGACAGACGGGGCCAGGUGAUCCGGGAGAAGAACCAGCAGACAGAUCGAUGGCCACUCUUAUUUGUAUUUUUAUACACAGAUCCGUUGGUCUUUCAUGACGUGAACUAUUUAUGAUGAAGACCUCGGCAGAACAUUUUGUCCCACGAAACAUAGAGGGGUGAUAACGCCCCACGCAGUGAGAAGGGGAAAUCGGGCGGGGGAGUAACAUCGGGACGCAUGCGUCGGGAAGAGGCCAUCACUGUGGUAUGGAGUAUUUUUAUAUGAAAAAGGAAACCUGUGUGUGCGGGGUGGGAAGGGUUUAUGUUCUCAACGCCACUGUUGGGCUCUCUUUGUACAGAACGUUAAGUUUAUUCCACUCAUUCGUCCUCAUCACUCAUCAGCCAUCGGUGUGCUUUGUUUUCCGUAAGACUAUCGCCGACCACUAGGGGGCACCACUCCAGCGUUUUUAACAUUCAGUUUGCCUUUUUUUUUUUUGCUGGUCUUUUAUCGUGGAUUUUUUGUAUUUAAAAAACAUGUACGUUGAAACCACUUAUAGGUUGGCUGUGUGGUCUGGAAUGGGGGAUAAUGUUAUGGUAAGUUUCUUUUUUGUGUGUGUGUGAACAUGAAUGUAGUUUAUGGGUGGGAUGUAGAGGGGACAGUGAAACUGAUGUCCUCGUGUGGCGUGGAGAGCGACAGACGUCCCACCAUAGAACUGUUUCAUCCUGUGAUAUUUUUUGGCAAUACUGACAUCGGGGUACUCCAACUGCACACCUACUGGGUCGACGAACGACACCUGCUUUAUCAUUUACACCUGGAAGGAAACCACUGCCAGGGCUUACGCCAACGUAAACAACCAAGCACCUUUAUGGACCGACCAUCGCAAUAUGACUGGAUAUCAACACAACCUCGGUGCUGAAACACAAACCACGACAAGAUGCUUUCCUGCAUGUGAUAUUUUGGGACGAGGAAUGGAGAGAAUUGGGCCGGAGAAGGUUCUGGCGUUUUUGGGAGAGCCAUGAGAUUUUAGAUGUAGUGCAUAUCUUUUAAAGGGGCGGCGUCCAUUUGGGAUGCAACCGGAGCAGGAUUUUUGCAGACCAGAGGGGGUGUGGCUUCGCUAGGUAUCCAAAGCAUGUUUGGAGAGUGGAGAGGGGCUGGAUGCACGAAGAGAUAAUAGGGUUUUAAAUUAAUCAGUCUACACUAGCUCCGCUGCUCCUUUUUUUAAUUUAGGGCUUUUAUUCCCUUUCAUAAGGAGCUGACAUCGGGUUCGAAGAGGGCCGACUAAUAGGGCAAGAGUUUCAGUGUCUGACCUGUUUGCGUGAGGGGAAAAGAUCACAGUUUGCCUUCCUAUUUGUACAAAAUGUCUCCAUCCUUUCAAGCUUCUCACUUAAUUCCCGUGUGUAUGCGACAGUCUUGGUUCUGCUCGUUCUGCAGAAGAUUUUGGUGUGUGUGUGAGAGAAAUUGUUCGUGUGAGAAAGUGUGUGAAAGAGAGGAGAAGCAAGGUGUCAAGUGCCAUAGACCUUGAACUGUUUGAAUACGGGAGGACAUUUCACUUCCGGGACCCAAGCAAUAUUCACUUAUUCAUAACGGACAAAAAACAGCAACUCAUCGUUGAGUAUAUUCAUUUUUUGUUUUUUUGUUGGUUUUUGCAUUAUGGCUUAGCAAUAGUGAAGAGAGAAAAAAACAGACAACUUUAUUUUUUAUUCUUAAAAAGAUCAGCAUUUUUAAAGAGACUUUUAGUAAUCACUGGUUUUACAUGCAUUUUAUAUUGUGGAAAAAAUGUUUUGUAAUAAAACGGCAUUGUUAAUAUAAACAGCUGUUUUUUUUCUUUUUUUGGUUUAUUUUUUGGUCAUCAAAUUACUAAUCGAACAUACCCAAUUCUAAUCGAUGCAGAAAUCCCAAUGUUUAAACUUUGUAUUCAAGCAAGUGUUAAAUCACAUGCCUUUUCAUCAGUAACGGUCACUAGUUGUGAUCAGUAUACCAGCUGUCUGCAUGAAAUAGACCGACUCCAUUGGUAAAAGAUUAUUUGAUGAGACGUGUUUCCAAAAGUGGUGGAAAUGAUUACACAGUAUUGGCUUCACACAAUUUUUGAAUAUGUAUGUGACCACCAAAUUAUAUGUACAAUAUUUAUAUAGUAAUGUAUAUCCCCCUCACACUAAUUCAGUGAAAGCCAUUCCUGCCUAUUUUCAGCAUUUGUGUCAUGCACUGUACCUGUAUGUAAAUCAUUUUGACGUGCACAACGACUUAUGCUCAUUAAGAGACUCUGUCGAAACAAAAAGAAAAUGACACUGUGGUAAUCCAAAAAAGGUUUGACCCCUUUAUGAUCGCAACAUUUGAUAAUUGGGUGAAUUAAUAUUUUCCUUUUUUUUAACGAUAUUUGCUUUUUCUUGGUUCCAAACCAACUAUUCAAUGUUUUUUUUUUGUUAAAAUAUUUUGUCAAGUGACAUUCCCUCCUAAAAACGCCCAAGUAGAUUUUAAUGAGAUUUUAUAAUUUCUGUUAUUGGAAUCUAUAUUGGAUUUUCUUUAACAAAUGAUUUGUUCCUGAAUUGAUAGAUAGUAUUUCUCUAUUGAUGAGGAAUUGAUAGUCCGAUCAUAGACAAUCGAACCAGAGAAUCUGUCAUCACAUAGUUCUUUUUUUCAAGUAGUUCUAAUUUAUUUUGCAGUCUCAGUGAUUUGUAGACAUUAUUAUCCAACCGAUUACUUCAUGUAAAUACCUAUAGAAAAACUUGAAGAAAAAAUAAUCAUGGCAUUAGUGGUUCGAGUUUGUAAAACCAGCAAUAAAAUCUCCAUGCAGACAGGCAACCCUUUUGAUGUUAAGCAGUUAGCGUUCCAGAAGAAUCUCUGGAAAAAGGCAACAGAAAAAUUAUCAAUAUGCAUUUAUCCAACAUUCCAGAUUUUGUAUAUAAACACCCUGUUUAUGAAGUAACCUGUGGAAAAUAAACUAAUGCUCUACAUUG